AUUUGCAAGUUCUAUCGUUGCCUAAAGCAAUUUUAUCAGCAAUUUUAUCAGCAAACCUGUAUUAUCGCAUUUCUGUCAAUCAGUUGUGUGUAAAAGUCAUCAACACCAAGUGUACGACAGUUCGUGCAUCGUCAGCUAACUGAGAACAAUGGGGUCGAGCAAUCGGCCCUUAUUAUCCUGGCUGUCACUAGCUACUCUAAUUGCUACUCUGGCUCUUGUGAGCCAAUGCGUCGAGAUGCUGGAGAUGGAUGCGCCUGCGUCGUUGACCUUCUGCGAGGUUCAUGUACUUCCUCGAGGAUACAAUUGCGAAGAGCAUGAGGUAUAUUCCGAGGAUGGUUACAUACUUCGUCUGCAUCGUGUUAUACCUCGGGGCAACCUGGACAAGUCUGUGUGGGAAUGGCUGGAACCGGAGCUCCGACAUAAGCACAAGCACAAGGGGCCCUUCCCUGGGUUCAAGAAUCCACGGCCAGCUCCUGAGGCUGUACCCUCGCAAACAAGUCCUAGCAGCACGUCAGAAACUCCACCAUCUCCAAGUCCUCCUCCUUCCUCCUCCUCGACUUCAGGUGAAGGAGCAUAUGGAGGGCCAACUCCGCCGUCGUCCUCCUACUCUCCACCUGGUGGAUAUGGAGGUCCAAGUCUUCCGUCCUCCUCCUCGCCUCCAGGUGAAGGAGCAUUUCGAGGACCAUCUCCGCCGUCGUCCUCAUACUCUCCACCUGGUGGAUAUGGAGGUCCCAGUCUUCCGUCCUCCUCCUCGCCUCCAGGUGAAGGAGCAUAUGGAGGAUCACAUUCGCCCUCGUCCUCAUACUCCCCGCCCGGUGGAUAUGGAGGUCCCAGUCUUCCGUCCUCCUCCUCCUCGCCUCCAAAUGAAGGCGCAUAUGGAGGAUCACAUUCGCCCUCGUCCUCCUACUCCCCGCCCGGUGGAUAUGGAGGUCCCACUCCUUCUGCGUUCUCCCCACCAGGUUCAAGCACAUAUGGAGGAUCGAACUCAGCUCCAUCGUCUUACUCUCCCCCGGCAGCCGCUGGAUAUGGGGCACCCAGUCCCGCCGGUUCUAGGAACUCACCACCAAGUGCCGGCGCAAUAGGAGGAGGAUCUCCAUCUCCCACGUCCUUCAACCCUCCUCCUGCCUCUGGCGGAUAUGGAGCAACGAGUCCUCCUGGUACGGAGCCAUAUGGAGGAGGAUCCACAUCGCGGCCUUCCUACUCUCCUCCCACUCCUUCAGAAUCGAACUCUCCACCAGGUGUAGGAAAUUACGGAGAGGGUUUCUCAGGACCAUCAACAUCUGCUCUCUCCCCACCACUUGUUGGAUCCGGAUACGGAGUCUCGCCACCAUCGUCAACGAGCUCCCCACCGAAUGAUUCAGGAGGAUCUACUUCCAGUUUCAGUGCUGACUGUCCACCUGGCUUGUCCUCGCCGAACAUUGCAAGGAGGGGACUUACUAGCAGCAAUGGCCGAGAGCAACCUUCGACUCGAGCCCAAAAUGCAGAACUCGUCGACCGGGACCCGGUUCUGCUCAUGCACCACGAGCUUUUCAACGGGGGCAGCUGGUUCACGCCCGUGGCCACCGAGAACGACACUCUGCUCCCGCUAAGGCUCGUGGACCAAGGCUUCGAUGUGUGGAUCGGUCACGAGCGGGCGACGUUCUGGAGCCACGAGCAUCGGAAGCUUACUCCCAACGAUGUUGCGUACUGGAACUGGACUUGGGAUCAGCACGUAGAGCACGACGUUCCGAAGCUGCUGGCAUACAUCAGCGACGAGACUGGCUCCAGAGUGCAUUACGUCGGAGUGUCUCUGAGCGCUGCAGUCGGGGCAGCCGCAGCCACGAACGCGGGCGUCGCCAGUCUCAUGAAAACUCUGACUCUGAUAGCUCCCGCCUUCUAUCGGGGGAAGACUACUUCAGAGUUCCUGCAAGCCUUGGAUCCUAUUCCAUUUCCCUCGGCCUUAGGCACGAGCGCCGACGAAGGGCACGACAACAGGCUCGGUGCGUUCAACUUUCCGAGGGAGUUUCAUCUAGAUGCCAUUCCAUUGACCAGCCCCGCUUUUCGUCUGCGGUUUGCCAUCUCGGGCCCCGAUUGUUGCCUGGGUCCGAGUGUGCUCUCGCUCACCAACGGAUGGGAUGGAGUGACGUCGUACAAGAAUCUCGAGCACCUCCAUCAGGGUAAACUGGACGAUCGAUCUUGAUGGGAUUAGAAGGAAGUAAGGCAGGCAGGGCUACAUAGAGAUAUCACAUGGAUUUGAUACUUUUGGAGCGAAGCAUGGAGUGACUUCUCACAUCAUCGCGUGAGCUGCUCGCAUGCAGGAAUCUCGACGAAUACCUUUCAGCACUUCGACUACGGGUCCUCAGCCUUGAAUGCCCUGGCAUACGAGGGCAAAACCGACCCUCCAACUUACGAGCCGAAAGAUAUUCCCACCGACCUGGCGAUGUUGGUGGUUUACGGAGGGCAGGAUUUAUACUCGCCUCCCGAAGGUGCGCUGGAAUUCAUGAGCUUGACACAGACUAUGCCCCAGUCAGUGAACCUGCCUCACUACGCACAUUUCGACCUAUCUCUGAGCCUGCACCGAGCGGACAAUGUGUAUGGGCCGAUCACAGCCUUUCUUCAAGACCAAUACGGACCUGAAGAACCUCACUACUGAUAAUCUAAUCAAUGUAUCGAUAGGACGAUGGCGAUAAUAGAUUUAUCAAGCAGCAGCUGUUGCCAGAAGCAUCAUGCCUUCAUGGAAUUGGACGAUUAGUCCAUCAGUAGUGUAUAGCUAUAGGUAGUAGUAGUUAGUGAUAAUAGAAAUAUCAAACAGCCGCUUUUGUUGGAGAGCUUUAUGCCUUCAAUCGUACGAUUAGUCCCAGUAGUCUAUAGAGGUAUAGAUAUCUCAAUAAGCAGGAUCAGCUGUUGCCCAUUUGAUAUUUAUGCGGAGAUAGCCACAAUUUACUUAUUACUUGACUUAGAAUCAACUAUUACGUACCAUUUCACUUUUGGGGGGUCUGUCCAUUCAGAGCAUGGGAACAAGUCACUUGUGCACUCGUCUCUCGAACAUUCAUGAAAUCAAUAAAAUUUGUCCAGUAUU